AGGAGGAGAAGGGAAAACCCCUCGAGCCGCACUGUUAGUUACACCUGUCCACUAUAGCAAACGGACACCAACUUAUUUCGAGAGAAAAAUUCGCAAUAUUGUUAUAAUAUUGUUCCAGAAUGACCGAAGACCUUCCUUACUGUGUGGAGUACUCCAAGAGUGGACGUGCUAUGUGUAAUGUCUGCAAGAAUGCUAUUGCCAAAGACAUUCUUCGCCUUGCCACUGUCGUUCAGAGUCCAUUCCAUGAUGGCAAGCUGGUAAAAUGGUACCAUGCUAAUUGCUUCUUCCAAAAACAACGUCCUAAAACUACAGGAGACAUUGCUCAUUUUGAUAGCAUUCGUUGGGAGGAUCAAGAAUACAUCAAAAAGAGAAUUGAGGAAGGAGGUGCAGCAGGAACAGCAGCCAUAGCUGCAGCUACUACCAGUGGCAAAGGCCGUAAGCGAAGUAAAGCUGCAGGAGGGGCAGCUGCUAAUGCUGAUUUCAAAGCCGAGUAUGCUAAAUCGAACCGCUCAAAAUGCCGUGGUUGCGAGGAAACAAUAAUUAAAGGCGAAAUUCGUCUGUCGAAGAAAGACUAUGAAAGUGAAGAUGCACGUCGCUAUGGUGGCUUAGAUCGUUGGUAUCACGUCGACUGUUUCGUUAAACUGCGUUCAGAAUUGCAGUUCUUCGACGCCGGUAUGAAUAUUCCAGGCGUGAACGCUUUGUCAAUGGAAGACAAAGAUGUUAUCAAGAAGGCAUUACCUAAAAUUAAAGAGGAAGAUGUGCCACCCGAGGCUAAAAAGAUCAAGCCUGAACCUGAAGAUUCUGAGGAAGAAAAGAAAUUAAAAGAACAGCAGAAAAAAUUGUUCAGUAUUAGGGAUAUAUUAUCCGCAAAACUGAAGAAGAAAGAGUUGAUUAAGAUACUUGAGGCUAAUGGUCAGAGUGUUCCUGUUGGGCAAAGUGAAAUUCUAGAUGCCUUAACCGAUACUUUACUGUUUGGUGCUCUGGAGCCUUGCCCGCAAUGCGGUGGCCAAUUCAAAUUCAAGUCUGGUACUGGCUAUAAAUGUACAGGCAGCGUGUCUGAAUGGGCAUUAUGUGAAAAUAUCACACAAGAUCCAAAGAGAAAGAAGUUUACGAUUCCUAAAGAUUUGAAAGAAGAAUUUCCAUUUCUUAACAGUUUAAAUCCUAAAGUAAAACGUCGUCUUAUAAAGAUUACGGCACCAUCAACUUCGAGUACCGUCAAAAAAGAAGACGUAGUUGAUGGACCAAAAAUCAAGGGUAAACCACGACCCUUGAAACACUUAGAAUUUGUACUUGCGGGCUUCUCAAAAGAGAAGAAAGAAAAGUUGACGAAGGAAAUUUUAUUGCUGGGUGGUGUAGUGAAAACCAAGGUAGCGGAAGAUACCGCAGCGGUCAUAUCAACUCCAAAUGAAGUUGAAAAAUCUUCCAGUAAAAUUGAGGAUGCUCAAGAUAAAGAUAUUCAUGUUGUGUCUGAAGACUUCAUUGAGGAAGCCAAGGAGUUUCAGGAUGCUCCAAUUAUGCUCAUUAAGAAGAAGAGCAUUGCCCAUUGGGGCAGCGAUCCUUCAUCGAGAGUAUCAAAAUCUAUUGCUACAAAAUCAGCGUCUAAAGGCAAGAGUAAAUAUGAGAAAUUAAGUUCUGGUAAAGUGAAGCUACGCGUUAAAGGUGGAGGCGCUGUUGACCCUGAUAGCGGUCUUGAAGAUGUUGCUCAUGUCCAUCAACGUGGCAAAGAAAAGUUCACCGUUACCCUUGGUAUCACUGAUAUUCAGACGAAAAAGAACAGCUACUACAAAUUGCAGAUUUUGAAGGAUGACAAGAGGGAAAAAUAUUGGCUUUUCCGUAGCUGGGGUCGAAUUGGUACCACGAUCGGUAACAAUAAGUGUGAAAAUAUGGCACUAGAAGAUUGCAUCGAGCAGUUUAAGGAGUUAUACGAAGAAAAGUCUGGCAAUCCCUGGUCGCAUCACGAUAACUUUAUAAAGGUGCCUCACAAAAUGUAUCCAAUUGACAUUGAUCAUGGCGACGAUAGCAGUAACGUCGACUUGCUUAAGUCUGACAUCGAAAGCAAACUUAAAAAACCCAUUCAAGAUCUUAUACAGCUUAUCUUCGAUGUAAACCAAAUGAAGAAAGCUAUGUUAGAAUAUGAAAUUGAUAUGGAUAAGAUGCCCCUCGGUAAAAUUUCUAAGAAACAAAUCCAACAAGCUUACUCCGUUCUCUCUGAGCUAUUAACGUUGGUCAAGAAUGGGAAUCAGGAUAGAGUUAAGUAUAUCGAAGCAUCCAACAAGUUUUACACGCUGAUACCUCACAAUUUUGGCGUUGAUGGACCAAACGUCAUCGAGACAGAAAAGGAGAUUCAAACAAAGAGUGAGAUGUUGGAAUCUCUUCUCGAAAUGGAAAUCGCCUACAAUCUGCUGCACACCAAGACGGAUGCAAGCAAAAAUCCUUUAGAUGCUCACUACGAGCAACUCAAAACCAAUAUUGAUGUGCUGGACCGGGAGAGCAACGAGUUCAAGCUCAUCGAGAAGUACGUGAAAAACACUCACGCCGAAACUCACAAACAGUACGAGCUUGUCGUCGAGGAAGUAUUCAUCGCAAAAAGAAGUGGCGAGGAAUCUCGCUACAGACCAUUCAAGAAAUUGCCAAACAGAAAGCUGUUGUGGCACGGAUCAAGAGUUACCAACUUUGCUGGUAUCUUGUCGCAGGGUCUCAGAAUUGCACCGCCCGAAGCACCUGUUACUGGUUACAUGUUUGGCAAAGGUAUUUAUUUUGCUGAUAUGGUAUCCAAAUCUGCCAACUACUGUUGCACCAGUUCUCAAAACUCGACCGGUUUGUUACUUCUCUGCGACGUUGCGCUUGGAAAUAUGUAUGAGAGAUUCCAUGCAGACUAUAUUGAGAAGCUACCGCACGGUUACCACUCAACCUGGGGUCGUGGACAAACUCAACCUGAUCCUGAAAAGUCUGUCAAGCUUAAGACUGGUGUUGAAGUUCCUUGUGGUCCUGGUAUUCCUGCAGAUAUUAAGAAUUCAUCUUCGCUUUUGUACAACGAGUUUAUUGUAUACGACAUGGCUCAGGUCAAGGUUGAAUAUUUGGUGAAGAUGAAUUUCAAGUACAAGUAUUAGAUUGUUUUUUUCAUUUACACUGUUUUAUAUGUAAGUGACGUCAGAAUCUUGGUAUACGUUUGAUAUUUUUUUUAUAAUAUCUAGUAAAAUACUUAUAAACAAAAAUUUCGCGAUUGCGAUUGUAUUCCUAAGCUUUUGUUUUCAAAGUAGUUUCUUAGCUCGUUUUUCAACAUAAAUUAGUUAUUGAAUUAUUCAAACUAUUUUCUAAUCUUUUGUUAUCGAGUGAUUUGAAUUCACCGUAAAUUGUCUUUACAACAGUAAGAUUUCAUCUUUUAUUCCGUAAGAUAUUUAUUAAAAAAUAAUUUUUUUCCCAAUGUCAUCGUUCAUUUGUGUCUUUGGGUUUUCUGUUUAAAUCGGUGGUUACAUGCAUGAUUGCAAAUACAAUAAAGUGAUGUGCCAUUUAAAAUUAAAUUAAACAAUUAAACAAUGUUAUGUAAAUCAACCGGUGAAGUUGUUAACUAUACGAUAUUGUUUGAUCGAUCACUUAAUGUUAAUCUUAUUUCAUUGAUAUCGUUACUUUGUAUGCAUUAUUCAAACACUGUUACCAUCAGUCUGUGAAUCUUUUCAUAUAUUUUGCCUGUCAUUUUCACUAUUUGUAAGAUGCGAUCUCAAUGUAAACAAGCGUUAUAUAUCAAUGUCCAUCAAAUAAAGUUUAUAUUUUGCCAAAAAUGUUUGUUUAAAGGUUUCCAAAUGAAUAGCGUGUUUAUCUUGCGGAAU